UUAAAGCUCAACAAGACUGUAAGGAUGGCAGACGAAGAAGUCAACUAUGCCUCAGUCACAUUCAACACUAAGAAACUAUCCCGAUCACAAGUUAAAAAAGAGGAGGAAACCAUUUAUGAUGACGUGAAAGUGAAACAUAAAACAACGGAACAAACUCCUGACACAAACAACUUCUCGAUUGAUGAGAGAUCAGGCAGUAGACGUCAUCACUAUCAGCAGUUGGCCUGUUGUUUGGGCACAUUUUGUGUCAUUUUGGUGUUGGGCAUCAUAGCAGUCACAGUAUACCACAGAAAAUGUAACCCUUGUCAGGAGGGAUGGGAUCAUGUUGAGUCCAGCUGCUAUGCAACAAAUGAUGCUGACAGUAAUCAAUGGAAAACCUGGGAAGCAGCUCGAAAAGACUGCAGAGGAAAGAGUUCAGAUUUGGUUGUUGUGAUUAAUGAAGAAGAAAUGAAAACUGUCAGUGAAAAGAGCUGGAAAUAUAAUGAAAACAAAGGAUACUGGAUUGGUCUGAGAGUUGAAGAUGGGAAAUGGAAAUGGCUGGAUGGAAGAAAUAUGACUAAUAGCUCCUGGAUCGACCAGCGUCCUUCUGAUGGUCACUGUGCAAUCUCUGUUCAAAACCAAGGAUUUAAAUCAGUGAGCUGUAAUGAGAAGAACCGAUGGAUCUGCAAAAAGAAAGCUUUGUCUGUUUGAAUACUGCAGUAAAA